AUGCAGAGUCUCUUCACUACCCACUACUUCAACCUCGCGCCGAAUCUUGGCCAGCUGUACGAGCAGUGGGCAGCCUCUGACGCCAAUUUUCGAAAGAAGGCGCCAAAAUUCACUGGUGUUCGCAUACUGCGUCAAGAUGCCUGGGAGGCGCUGAUAGGCUUUAUAUGCAGUAGUAACAACAACAUCAGCCGCAUAUCUGGCAUGGUGCACAACCUCUGUUUGCACUACGGACCGCUCAUCGCGCACAUUGAUGAUGUACCAUACCACGACUUCCCCACGCCAGAUGCACUGUCAGGUCCCAAGGUUGAGGCGCAUCUAAGAGAACUUGGUUUUGGAUAUAGGGCCAAAUACAUCGCAAAGACUGCGCAAAUAGUCUCACAAGAGAAGGGAAUGAAGUGGCUGGAAGACCUCAGUAACCCCGAGUGCCCCCAGUUUGGCAUGACCGAGAAGCCUGCAGGAGACCUGCUUGAGGGUGGUCGCGAGGGCUACCGGACAGCUCAUGAAGAACUCCUGGCACUAUCCGGCGUUGGCCCGAAAGUCGCCGAUUGCGUAUGUCUGUUCGGUCUGGGUUGGUCCGAAGCAGUUCCAGUUGACACACACGUGUGGCAAAUCGCCCAGCGCGACUACAAGUUCGGCAAGGGUAAACACACCAGCAUGACCGCCGCCAUGUACGUUGCUAUCGGCAAUCUCUUCCGGAAGUUCUGGGGAAAAGAAGCUGGUUGGGCGCAUUCAGUGCUCUUCACUGCCGAUCUCAAGGCCUUUUCUGAACGACUGGUUGUCAAGACUGAAGUCAAAGAAGAAGAGGUUGUUAUCAAGAAGGAAGAAAAUGAGACAGUGAUUGAGGAUGUUGUCAAGAAAGAAACUGUAAAGCGCAAGAUGAUCAAGCAGGAGCCGCAGGAGGAUGAGCAUCCAGUUCUCGAAGUCAAGGAAGAGACUACGCGUAGAAGCAAACGCCGGAAAGCUUGA